AUGUCACAAGUGUGGUUCAUCACAGGCUCCUCCCGUGGCCUUGGCCUCGCCAUUGCCGAAGCUGCUCUAAACUCCGGCGCCUCUGUCAUUGCUACUGCCCGAAAGCCACAGCAGCUUGACGGCCUGGUCGAGAAGUAUGGCCGUGACAGGGUCUUCCCCGUUGCCCUAGACGUCACCAACAACGACCAAGUCAUCCAAGCUGUCAAAGCCGGCCACGACAAAUUCGGCCGCAUCGACAUCGUCGUCAACAACGCCGGCUACGCAAACACAGCCUCCGUGGAGGACAUGGCCAUCGACGACUUCAAAGCCCAAGUAGACGCAAACCUCCUGGGCGUUGUCUACGUCUCCAAGGCCGUCCUUCCAAUCCUCCGUCAGCAGAAGGCCGGCCAUAUCUUCCAGGUUUCCUCGCUGGGUGGCCGGAUCGGCGCACCGGGCCUCUCGGCCUACCAAUGCGCCAAGUGGGCGGUGGGCGGCUUUUCCACCGUCCUCGUCCAGGAAGCGGCCCCGUUUGGCGUCAAGAUCACAGUGCUGGAGCCUGGGGGCAUUCGAACCGACUGGGCUGGCUCGUCGAUGAAUGUCCCCCCCGUGAGCGAACCCUAUCAUCCCACCGUGGGAGCCUUCGCCGAGUAUCUUCGUAAAGCCUCCGGCACGGAACCGUCUCUUCCUUCUAAGAUUGCGGAUAUUGUUGUGAAUCUUGCAGGCGAGGCAGAGCCGCCGCUGCGUCUGUUGAUUGGUCCCGAUGCAGUAGCGCACGCUGGAAAGGCAGCGGAGGCUUUGGCUGCGUCUGAUGAAAAGUGGCGGGAACUGAGUCUUGCGUCGGUUUAG